AUGGGAUCCGCGGGCUUCAUGGACAGAUUCACAGGCGGCCCACAAGAGGGGUCGGGGGGGAUUCCCCGGGUCAGGAAGGUUUGCUUCGCUCUGGGCGGGGCCCCCCACCAGAUCACCACAGCCGCUAUAGGGAUCUCCUUGCAGAUUUUCCUUUUGGAUGUUGUGAAGAUGGAGGCCUUCUACGUGUCCAUGGUCCUGUUUGUGAGCCGGGCCUGGGAUGCUGUGACGGACCCUCUGGUUGGAUACCUGGUGAGCCGCAGUAAAUGGACAGCGAUCGGUAAACUCACCCCAUGGCUGGUGAUCUCCACUCCCUUUGCGGUCCUGUCCUACCUGCUGCUGUGGUUUCAGCCCAAAGACUCCAUGUCUGAGGCCGCCAGCGUGCUCUGGUUCCUGACCGCCACCUGCCUGUUUGAAACACUCAUGAGUUGUUAUAACGUCCCCUACCUGUCACUGAACAUGUUCCUGGGGGGCCGUCAGAGGGACAGGGACUCGGCCACCGCCUACAGGAUGAGCGUGGAGAUGACGGCGAUGCUGCUGGCCUCCCUGGUCCAGGGACACGUUGUGUCGGUGUACAACACAGAGAAGCAGAAGGCCUGUGAGCUGCCGGACCAGCAAGCAGCCCCGAGCACGUCAGCACCGCAAGCUGCCUCGCUGCAGGAAACGCAAAAGGCUUUCGUGGCCUCGGCGCUGGUCAUGGGAGCGCUGUUCUUCCUCUGCAGCACGGCUGUGUUCUUCGGUGUGAGGGAGCAGCGUGCGCCUGGUUGCCCUGGUGAUAGAAUACAACCAUCGUAUGUGAGAUCUGUGAGGAUGCUGCUGUGCCAUGUUCCCUACCAACGGCUCCUGCUCGGCUUCGUGUUCAGUGUUUCUGCAUUUCAGAUGUCUCUGGGGAACUUUGCACUGUUCUGCAGCCAUGCAGCCGGCCUGGGAUCUCAGUUCCAGCUCCUCCUGCUGGUCCUGCUGGUUUCUGCUACAGUAGCAGUUCCUCUGUGGCAAAUAGUUCUUCUGAGAAUCGGCAAAAAGGCCACCCUUUUCAUCGGACUAUCUCUCUUCCUCCCAGCAGCGGUGGUAGUUGGCUGUGUCCCCAGUAGCCUGCCAGUCUUCAUGACCAUGUGCGUGGUGAUGGGAUUCAGCGUGGCGACCGUGUUCCUGCUACCCUGGUCCAUGCUCCCGGAUGUGGUGGAUGACUUUGCCUUGAGACACCCCCCUUUUAAAGAGCUGGAGCCCCUGUUCUUCUCCGGUUAUGCCUUCUGCAGCAAGCUUGCAGGAGGGCUGUCAGCCGGACUCUCCACCCUGACGUUGCAGAUUGCUGGCUACGAUGCAGGUGCGUGUGGCCAGGGUGACGGAGUGGUGACAGCUCUGAUUGUGCUGUUCUCCCCGGUUCCCAUCACACUUCUGCUGGUAGCCAUGGUGUUGUUUCACACAUACCCCAUAAAUGAGAGGCAGCACCCUCAGCUCAAAGAAGAACAACUCCAGCGAGACGCUACCUCACCACCACGAGGCCGGGGUGAGCAGACGGAGCUGCCAGCAGUCCUGCAGCGCUCCUGCACUGGUGUCACGUCUACACCACAUCCUGACCCCAAAACCAGCACACCGUACCAGUCUGGUUCCUCACCGCGUUAUCGGGAAGACGGGAGCCUCUCCGUGAAGUCAUCCACCACUUCACACGCAGCACACAGCCCUUGUGGAAAAAGCAGGAGUUCCCCAUCACAUGUGCAGUCAAAAAUAAAUCCUAUAUGGAAAAAAGUGAAAGUCAGCCCUAACGAGCAGCCGGGAGCUGCUAACACAACGGCUAACACGGGGGGGACGUUUCCGGGUUCUUUCUCUGGGGGGACAGAAGUGCCAUCCAAAGUGUCGUGGGUGUAGGAGUUGUGAGAAAAGGAUUUUGACGCUUAUGUCUGUGUCUGCAGGGUGUCAUCUUAGCUCAAUAAAGCUUUAUGAUGGGGUUUGAUUUGAGGAAUACUUUUCCUGGAAUUAACCAAAAAUAGGGAAAAGCACUUUUGAGUCACAGUGAGACACGA